AUGCGACUAGCAAUGAAGACCUCCCAUACACUGAAGCUGAAGCUCAUCUCAUUUACUCUGCUACUGGCCUGGAUUCCCCAAGCCAUGCCAGUGCCAUCCCUGGAAGAACAAGCCGGAGCUCUCCUCGCCUGGAAAGCCACUCUAGAGAGUCAUGCAGACCAGCUGCAAUCUUGGGAAAACAAUAUAUGGCCGUGCAGCUGGCAUGGCAUCAGGUGCAGCAAACAUGAAGCAAGCCACCAAGAUGUGAUCGUCGAGAUCUCGCUCCGGGGGCUGCGGCUGAGAGGAGAUCUCGGCACCCUCAACUUCACGGCGUUGAUGACCCUGACGAGUAUCCAACUCGCCAACAAUCAGAUAAGGGGCUCUUUUCCACCCGCUUUAGCAUCAUCCAUGCCAAACCUGCGGCACCUGAUGCUGCAAGAGAAUGAGCUUUCUGGUGAGAUACCAAAUCAAAUAGGACAACUAAAGAGUCUCGUGGGGCUAGUCUUGUCAGCAAACCAGUUGUCUGGUCCCAUCCCCAAUGAACUAGGCUACCUAAAUAAGCUAGUCAGAUUAGAUCUAUCCAGCAACAACCUCACAGGCCUCACUCCAAUAAAUUUAGGGAAUGCUAGUAAGCUGGUCACGUUAGAUUUUUCCAGCAACAACCUCACAGGCCCCAUUCCAAGAAAUUUUGGGAAUUUAACUAAACUCAGCAUCUUGUACCUUGAUGAUAAUCAGUUCUCCGGAUAUCUUCCUCGAGAACUAGGUUACCUGGUGAAUUUGCAAGAGUUGGCUCUCAGCGAAAACAAACUCAUGGGCUCCAUCCCUGAAACUUUUGGAAGUUUGAUUCGCCUCACUGGCUUGAACAUGUGGAAUAACCAUCUUUCGGGACCCAUUCCUGAAGAACUAGGUUACCUCAUGAAUCUAGAAACAUUGGAUCUUAGCGGCAACAAACUCAUGGGUCCCAUCCCCGAUAUCAUUGGAAAUUGGACUAAGCUCAUUAGAGUGAACCUUGAUUAUAAUCAAUUCUAUGGGAGUAUUCCUAGGAAAAUAAGCAAUUUGGUGAAUUUAGAAGAUUUGGAACUUAGCCAUAACAAGCUAACGGGUUCCAUUCCGAAUAUCAUUGGAAAUAUGACUAAGCUCGCUAGCUUGUACUUUAAUAGUAAUCAAUUAUCUGGAUAUCUUCCCCGAGAAAUAGGUUACCUGGUGAAUUUACAAGAGUUGGUUCUUGGUGGCAACAAACUCAUGGGUUCCAUCCCCAAUAUUUUUGGAAAUUUGAGUAUGCUCACUAGCUUGUACCUUGGUACUAAUCAAUUUUCUGGACAUCUUCCUCCAGAAAUUGGUAACUUAAUGGAUCUUGAGGAACUGCAAUUUGACAACAACAAUCUUUUUGGUCCCUUGCCACCUGAGUUGUGUGCCGGAGGCCGGCUCAAGAUACUAAAUGCAUUUGAUAACAACCUGAAUGGACCUCUGCCAUCAAGUUUGGUACACUGCAGAAGCCUAGUCAGAGUUCGUCUUGAAAGGAACCAAAUCGAAGGAGAUAUCUCUGCUUUCGGAGUUCAGCCAAAUCUGGUAUAUAUAGAUAUGAGCUCGAAUAAUUUGUUUGGUCAAUUAUCAAACCACUGGAGAGAAUGUCGUAAUCUUACCAAGCUAGACAUCUCGAACAACAACAUCAUGGGUAAAAUACCAGCAAGUUUGGGACAGCUGUCACAGUUAAAGGUACUUGAUCUUUCAUCAAACAAACUUAAAGGGGAACUUCCUAGUGAACUGGGCAAUCUAGAAAAUUUGUUCCAAUUGAGCCUCGCAGACAAUUUGCUCCAUGGAAGCAUACCACAAGAAAUUGGAGCACUGUCCAAUCUAGAGUUGUUGGACUUGUCAUCAAAUAACCUAAGCAGUUCGAUACAAGGAUCAUUUGACAAUUGUGUAAAGCUUCGCUCAUUGAAUUUAAGUCACAAUUACUUCAAAGGAAACAUUCCUGCCAAGCUAUCGAUGUUGGUCAGCUUACAUGAGUUGUUGGAUUUAAGUGAUAAUUCAUUUGUUGGGGCGAUACCAAGCCAACUUAGUGGUCUCAUCAUGCUACGUAACUUGAAUCUUUCACACAAUGAGUUAAAUGGCCCCAUCCCAUCAACAUUUCAAAACAUGGAAAGCUUGGCAUCCAUUGAUGUAUCUUACAAUGGGUUGGAAGGACCAGUCCCAAAGAGUAAGCUCUUCCAAGGAGCUCCAAUCCAGUGGUUCAUUAAUAAUAAGAUGUUAUGUGGUGUAGUGAAAGGAUUACCCCCUUGUAGUAGUGCAACUCAGGGCAGAGGGAAAAGGAAAGGAUACACAACAAUUCUAUUAGCCACAAUUCCUGCUCUGAUAUCUCUUAUUCUUGUUGCAUUGAUAUUGAUGUUUCAAUAUGGGAGAAAAAAAUCCAAGUCAAUUAACAUUGAUAGAGUAACACAAGCAAAUGUCUUCUCUGUUUGGAGUUUCGAUGGGGCAAAUGUGUUCAAGCAAAUCGUUGAAGCAACAAACGAUUUUAGCGAGACAUAUUACAUAGGUACCGGGGGAUAUGGAUCUGUCUACAAAGCUACACUUGCAACAUAUGAAAUAUUUGCAGUGAAGAAGAUACACAUGAUAGAAGAUGAGUGUUGCCUCAACGAGUUGGUAUUCAAUCGUGAGAUUGAUGCGUUGGUGCAGAUUCGGCAUCGAAACAUCGUAAAACUAUUUGGGUAUUGUUGCUCUAGCAAAGGAAGGUUUCUUAUCUAUGAAUACAUGGAGAGGGGAAACUUGGCGGAAAUACUGAGGGCCAAUGAAAGGGCAAUCGAAUUGAACUGGAAAAAGCGGAUAAAUAUUGUGUUGGAUGUGGUUCAUGCUUUGACAUACAUGCAUCAUGAUUGUUCGUCACCAAUAGUACACCGAGAUAUAACAAGCAAAAAUAUUUUGCUUGAUGACGAGUUUAGAGCUUGUAUCUCUGAUUUUGGCACUGCUAAAAUUCUCAAUGCUAAUAGCCUGAAUCUGACAAGGCUUGCUGGAACAAAAGGCUACCUUGCCCCAGAGUUAGCAUAUACGGAGAACGUGACAGAGAAAUGUGAUGUAUACAGUUUCGGAGUGCUUGUUCUUGAGCUAUUUAUGGGAUAUCAUCCAGGCGAUUUACUCUCAUCCAUCUACUUGACAACCAACAAGAAUGAUGUGUGUCUGAAGGAUUUGCUGGAUUCCAGGCUCGAGCUCCAGGAUGCUGAAACCGCCAGAGAAAUAUACAUCGUGCUCAGUGUUGCAGUUCAGUGCUUGAAGCCUAACCCAUCAGGUAGGCCAACGGCACGACAUGUCAGUGAUGAGCUAUCUGCUGGGAUUAAAACAUGUGAAGAUCAUCAUGUUGAUUAUUUGCAUGCUGUCCUAACCAUUCCUGCCCAGUAGUGCCUGCAGCUAUAUGGACUAUGAAUAGGUAUUCUUGUUAUGUAGUUUCUUGUCAAGCGACUUCACUACUUCCAUGAAAAUUUAUUAUGUAGUAAGAAAAGUAAAGUUCUGAUGUUAUUAUGGAGCCAGCAAUAAACUUAUAGUACCCAUGAAUGUACUAUACUAAACUAGCUUUGCACCUGUAGAUGUAACUAAAGGUCAUUGUAUUGUCAAGGGAAAAAUGUUCCUCUCGCUUCUCUCAUUUCCACUGAGCUGGUUUUUUUAUCCUCUCAUUUCCCCGUUAUUAUCUCUAUGCCUCGUCCUGGAUGCCACCAGUGAGCAUGGCUAGGGCGAUGAAAUUUUCCUUGUGUGUAAUCAUCAGUUUCAGCACCAAAUCAGUUCCUUCUUAAAUUCCUGUUGUUGUCUUCCGUUGGGAUCAAACGAUCCAUGCAUCAUGGCUAGGGAAUCAAACCAGUAUGCCUAUAUAUCUAUA